ACAAAUAAAAUAUGCCCUCUUACAAACUGACUUACUUUGAUGCUUGUGGGUUUGGAGAGUCAGCACGAAUGUUAUUCCAUCUUGGUGGGGUACCAUAUGAGGAUGUUCGACUGCCGACGAUCAAUGCUGUUCCGGGAUUUCAAAGUGACGAAUUUUCAGCGUUGAAAGACAAGACCCCAUUUGGCCGAUUCACAGUUCUUUCCAUCGACGGUUUUGAUCUUGCUCAAUCUUCUGCAAUUCAUCGUUAUCUGGCUAGAAAGUUUGGCUACGCUGGAAAAACACCGGAAGACGAGGCUUUUGCUGAUUCUAUCGUUGAUCAGUUUAAUGAGUACUACGCGUCACUCCAUCCCUACCGUGAUGCCGUGAAAACUGGAAAAACAAUGGAAGAAGUGAAGCAAAUUCAUGACAAAGUUUACAUUCCAGCAAAAAACUUAAUGUUCAAAAUAUUGACUCGAAUUCUUAAAGAGAACAAAUCGGGUUUCCUUGUUGGAGAUGGAUUGACUUGGGCAGAUCUGGUGGUGGCUGAUCAUUUGUAUACUCUGACGAAUCUCAAGGAACUUGAUCCAGAAGAUCCAAUUCAUUUAACUUUGAGAAAAUUCCAGGAGAAAAUAUUUAAUCUUACCGAGUUGAAAGAUUACAUCGAGACAAGACCAGUGACGCUUGUGUGAAUUGUUUUUUUUGUGAAAGAAAAAAUAAUGAUGCAAUAAAAUAGUUUUAAAAAUUU